AUGCCAAAGGAAAAGACUCAUAUUAAUAUUGUCGUUAUCGGUCACGUCGAUUCUGGUAAAAGUACUACCACUGGUCAUCUUAUCUACAAAUGUGGUGGUAUUGAUCAAAGAACCAUUGAAAAAUUCGAAAAAGAAUCUGCUGAAAUGGGUAAGGGUUCAUUCAAAUAUGCUUGGGUCUUAGAUAAUCUUAAAGCUGAAAGAGAAAGAGGUAUUACUAUUGAUAUUUCAUUAUGGAAAUUCGAAACAUCAAAAUACUAUUUCACUAUUAUCGAUGCACCAGGUCACAGAGAUUUCAUUAAGAACAUGAUUACUGGAACUUCACAAGCUGAUGUUGCUAUUCUUAUUGUUGCAGCUGGUACUGGUGAAUUCGAAGCUGGUAUUUCAAAGAAUGGACAAACUAGAGAACACAUUCUCCUUUCAUACACUCUUGGUGUUAAACAAAUGAUUGUUGGAGUUAACAAGAUGGAUGCCAUCCAAUACAAACAAGAAAGAUAUGAAGAAAUUAAGAAAGAAAUUAGUGCAUUCCUUAAGAAGACUGGAUACAAUCCAGACAAGAUUCCAUUUGUCCCAAUUUCAGGAUUCCAAGGAGAUAAUAUGAUUGAACCAUCAACCAAUAUGCCAUGGUACAAGGGACCAACAUUAAUUGGAGCACUUGAUUCAGUCACUCCACCAGAAAGACCAGUUGACAAGCCACUUAGACUUCCACUUCAAGAUGUUUACAAGAUCUCAGGUAUUGGAACAGUACCAUGUGGAAGAGUUGAAACAGGAGUCCUUAGACCAGGAACUAUUGUUCAAUUUGCACCAUCAGGAGUAUCAUCAGAAUGUAAAUCAGUUGAAAUGCAUCAUACUGCACUUGCACAAGCUAUUCCAGGUGAUAAUGUUGGAUUUAAUGUCAGAAACUUAACAGUUAAAGAUAUUAAGAGAGGAAAUGUUGCAUCAGAUGCUAAGAAUCAACCAGCUGUUGGAUGUGAAGAUUUCACUGCACAAGUUAUUGUUAUGAAUCAUCCAGGACAAAUUAGAAAAGGAUACACUCCAGUUCUUGAUUGCCACACUUCUCACAUUGCAUGUAAAUUCGAAGAAUUAUUAAGCAAGAUUGAUAGAAGAACUGGUAAAUCUAUGGAAGGAGGAGAACCAGAAUAUAUUAAGAAUGGAGAUUCUGCUCUUGUUAAGAUUGUUCCAACUAAACCACUUUGUGUUGAAGAAUUUGCUAAAUUCCCACCAUUGGGAAGAUUUGCUGUUAGAGAUAUGAAACAAACAGUUGCAGUUGGAGUUGUUAAAGCUGUUACACCAAGAGCUUCUAAUGCAGCAGCCGCUGGAAAGAAGAAAUAA